AAAGGGCGCGAGACCAGGCGGCGAAGGCGGCGUAGUUGAGGGUCAAGAUGCAGGCGGCGCCACGCACGGCAUGCAUCCUCCCGGGACUCCGUGCCCUCUGCGGGCGUCCGCCCUGAGCUGGCGGGUUCCGGAGCUCCUGGCACCUUGAGGUGGGGAAUGGCAAAGGUGGGGAAAGGUGUUGCUUCCACCGAUUACCCGCCCACUCCUCUUGGUCUUCCCGGAGCUCCCAGAUAAUCCUGAGAUUGGGCCCUGAAGAGUGGAGGCCAGGAGAGACCGCGUGUCCCAGCAGAACCUGUGAUGCCUGGAGAACUGAGGGGAGGAGCCUCUUGUCACACAGAAGAAAGAGAGACCAUCACUGGAACAUUCUGAAUUUUGAAUGUUAAGGAAACAACAGGAAGAGAGCAUGCCGUGCUGUGGGAUGACACCUUUUAAGGAAUGGCACUGCCCUUCCAAAAAAGGAAGAGAGGAAAUUGCAAAAUAGAUAUCCCUGGUGAUCUUGGAAGAGUCUACAUCAUGGAAUCCAUCUCUAUGAUGGGGAGCCCUAAGAACCUUAGCGAAACUUUUCUGCCUAAUGGCAUAAAUGGUAUCAAAGAUGCAAGGAAGGUCACUGUUGGUGUAAUUGGAAGUGGGGAUUUUGCCAAAUCUCUGACCAUUCGACUUAUUAGAUGUGGCUAUCAUGUGGUCAUAGGAAGCAGAAAUCCUAAGUUUGCUUCCGAAUUUUUUCCCCACGUGGUGGAUGUCACUCACCAUGAAGAUGCGCUGACAAAAACAAAUAUAAUAUUUGUUGCUAUACAUAGAGAACAUUACACCUCCCUCUGGGACCUUAGACAUCUGCUGGUGGGUAAGGUCCUGAUUGAUGUGAGCAAUAACAUGAGGAUAAACCAAUACCCAGAAUCCAAUGCUGAAUAUUUGGCUUCCUUAUUCCCGGAUUCCCUGAUUGUCAAAGGAUUUAAUGUUGUCUCAGCUUGGGCACUUCAGUUAGGACCUAAGGAUGCUAGCCGGCAGGUUUAUAUCUGCAGCAACAAUAUUCAAGCUCGACAACAGGUUAUUGAACUUGCCCGGCAGUUGAAUUUCAUUCCCGUUGACUUGGGAUCAUUGUCAUCAGCCAGGGAGAUCGAAAAUUUACCCCUGCGACUGUUCACUCUCUGGAGAGGGCCAGUGGUGGUAGCCAUAAGCCUGGCCACGUUUUUCUUUCUUUAUUCCUUUGUCAGAGACGUGCUACAUCCAUAUGCUAGGAACCAGCAGAGUGACUUUUACAAGAUUCCUAUUGAGAUUGUGAAUAAAACCUUGCCCAUAGUUGCCAUUACUUUGUUGUCCCUGGUAUACCUGGCAGGUCUCCUGGCAGCUGCUUAUCAACUUUAUUACGGCACCAAGUAUAGGAGAUUUCCACCUUGGCUGGAGACCUGGCUACAGUGUAGAAAACAACUUGGAUUGCUAAGUUUUUUCUUCGCUUCGGUGCAUGUUGCCUACAGCCUCUGCUUACCCAUGAGAAGGUCAGAGAGAUACUUGUUUCUCAACAUGGCUUAUCAGCAGGUUCAUGCAAACAUUGAGAACUCUUGGAAUGAAGAAGAAGUUUGGAGAAUUGAAAUGUAUAUCUCCUUCGGUAUCAUGAGUCUUGGCUUACUUUCCCUCCUGGCAGUCACCUCCAUCCCUUCGGUGAGCAAUGCUUUAAACUGGAGGGAAUUCAGCUUUAUUCAGUCUACACUUGGCUAUGUCGCGCUGCUCAUAAGCACUUUUCAUGUUUUAAUUUAUGGAUGGAAACGAGCUUUUGAAGAAGAGUACUACAGGUUUUAUACACCACCAAACUUCGUUCUUGCUCUUGUUUUGCCCUCAAUUGUAAUUCUGGGUAAGAGCGUUUUACUUCUUCCAUGUAUAAGCCGAAAGCUGAAAAGAAUUAAAAAAGGCUGGGAAAAAAGCCAAUUUCUAGAAGAAGGUAUCGGAGGAGCAGUUCCUCACCUCUCACCAGAGAGGGUUACAGUGAUGUGAUGAUAAGCGGUGCUUGCUGAUGCCAUAUAAAGGUCUUACUCAUGCCAUUAUCUUUGACCUCCUCUGUGUUCAGUUGCCAGUGCAUUGUCACAUUGCUGUGGGCUAAGCCCUGUUCAAUGUGAUCUCAGCCAAAUUACUGGUAGAAUUUUCUUCAAAUUAUUUCUCACAAAUGUCCUAUUUUGCCAAUAUGAAUUUUUGUAGUGAACUUAUUGUUGAAAUUCGGGUAUAUGUUUUGUUUUGCACAACCGUUACUUUAACAAACUAUAUCACACAAUCAUGCAAAAAUAUUUAUAGUUAAUAAUGUAGAUACAGUAGAAUGUUAAGAAAACUUUGCGAACCAGGAGAAUUUUAAGUUUUCAUGUAAUUCAAUAGAUACUUUGUUUUUUUCCCCCUGAAGCUUAAGUAAGUAUUGAAUUGUUAUCCAGCAUAAGAAACAGAAAUGCAUAAUCGUACCUUAGUUUUAAGAAAGGACGCAUUACAUGAGCAUCUAGGUAAGGAUGCAUGGUAACAUUCCUAUAUUUCUGUCAUAAGAUAGGAUUUGAAGAAUGUAAUUAAUUGUAAAAACCAUUGUGAUUAUGUGAACAAACACAAAUUAAAAAGACAAAGUGAACCUAAAAUUGUAUUUAAAAUGCAUGGAGACAUGAAAUACAUACUGAUAAUGCAUACCUCAUGAAAGAUUUUCUUCUCUAUCUUAUUACAGAGCAGUCCUAUUUGUAUAUUCAUAUAUUGUCAAGAAGAAGCCAGUACUACUUGGCCUCUGAAAUUGAUUUUUCUAAUAUAGGACCAAUCCUGGGAAUCUUAUAAUGGUUCCUGGUUAGAGGGAAAGUGUUAAGUUUACACACAGGUGGUUGUUUGUCCAUUGAUCUAUGUUUGUUGCACCUUAGCCAGUCACCACUCUCUAUGGUAUAGGAUUUUACAGAAGUUCAUUGAGGGAAUAUAAUAUGCCAGGUUCUGUUCUCAGCACUUUACUUGUAUUAUCCCAUUUAAUCCUUAAAACAGCCCCAUGACAGAGGUAGUAAUUAAACUCAUUUUACAUGUGAGAAAAAAAUCGAAGGAUAGAAAAGUUAGGUAAUUUGCCCAAGGUCAUGGAGUUAGUAGGUGGCUUUCAAGUCCAGGCAGUCAUAUUCCAGAGGCUGUGGUUUUAACCACUCGCCUGUAUGGCCACUGCUCCAUUCCCAUGUGUUACAUUCAUGUUGCCAAUCUAGAUGCUUCCUCUUUUGUGUAAAGGCAUUAACAUUCCUUAGAGUGAGUUGUGGCUACCAAAAGAUAUAUGAAAAUAUUACAAUCAUAUAUUUAUUAUUCCUUGUGGGAUAAUCAACAGUUACUUACCCCAGGGGGGAGGGGAUCUUACCUGGGACAUGACCCUGGAGACCCCGUGGCAGUCCAUACGCCUCUCUAUGCAUAAGGGACUCCAGCAGAGAUAGGACCAUAGCAGUUUUAAUGAAUGGCUGAGGUCCUGCAGAAUCUUCAAAAGUCCCUGUAGAGCUGGUCAUGUCCUUUUCUCCUCUUGAAAAGUCCCCCUGCCUGCUCAACCAUUCAUUAGGAGCAAUUUGCAAGCAGGAUGGAUAUUAGAGUAAGUGGUUAAUUAUAAAUCUACUCUAGAGACAUAAUCACACAAAUUAUUCAUACAAUUUUUCAGUGCUGACACUCCACAUUAAAAUUGCAUUUUAUUCAAACUUUGGUUAGAAUGCCCCACAUAUUUUCCAUUUGCUCUUUUCUUAUGAAACUAAAAAAAUUACAGACAAGAUACAAUGAUAUGCAUUCCUCUUCCUGAAAUGCUAACAUUUCUCAGCUUACCCACUGAGGCACUUGAAUCAAGCUGCCAAAAAUACAAGGACUUUUUCUUAGUGGAGGCUACUUUUCCCACCCAUGGCUUUUCCCCUACCUUGGCAUUAUGUCACUUUGGUAAGUCACUUAUGAUUCUCUGCUGUUCUUUUCUUGGUGGAUUUUAAUAUCUGCUACUUUUUAAUUGUGCUAGCUCUCCAUUUUCUUUCAUUAUAUUCUUCCCCCCUUUAUAACCACACUUACUUGUUAGUUCUUAGUAGGAAUUCAGUUGGGUAGUAACUUUUAAAGGUAAACACCUAUAACGUAUUGUAGUGGACUAGUGAAAUUAACAGCAUAUUUUCAAUACUUUCUUAUUCCUUAAGUUUCACUGUCUUAGGACCAUAGGUUCACCAUUUAACGUGAAAAUACAAUGAAAUAUUUUCAAGUUAGAUCACUAUUGAAGUAUAUUGUUGCACAUAUAUAUUAAGUAGUCAAUAAUAUAAACAAAAUUAUCACUAUAACAGAUAAAUGGGGCCUUUGAAAAUAUGAAAAAAAACAAUGUUUAUGAAAAUAUAUAUAAGGUGUAACUGUUGUUUCAAAUGAUAUCUCCUUAUGUCCUUUACAAAGAUAAAAUUAAUUUUGAAGUUGUAGAAUAAAUGUAAUAUAUUCAUUGUAAUUGUAAAUGUUUAAGUCUUUCUAAAAAGGCAAACAUAUUGACUUAAUUGCUCUAUUUGACUUUUAAUUGCUUUAUUUUAAUAUUUCUACCUCAUUAUUUUUCUUCAUCACUAUUAUUCAUAAUCAUUUUCUUUUAAGUCAUUACCCUGGCCUCAGAAGUAGGACUGAAUUUUGUUCUUGCUAGAUGUGAGAAAGUGGUGGGAGCUUUAAAAUAACAUGGAUUUGUUUCCUAAUCUGUAUUUUGAGAAGUGCCCCUGAGACUAUUAUAAGAAUGUAGAAAAUAUACACAGUCUUAAACCUAUGCAAAAAAAUCAAGUAAUUUUUUCCUGAGAAGAAAAUAAUCAUGGACUGACUCGUGCUGCUAAGCUUUUUUGUGUGCAGAUUUCAUGUCUCCUCUAGUAAUAAUUUUUAAAAUCAUGUUUAAAUAUAAAUACAUUCAUGCUAACAUAUAUUUUUCAAAGCAUAUAUGGAAAUUUAGCCAAGAUUGCCUACAUUUAGAGAUUUUUAUUUUAAUUUUAAAAUAUUUUAAAGUAUGAAUAAAUUAUAUUUAUAGGUAUUUAUCAGAGAUGAUUAUUUUGUGCUACAUAAAGGAUUGGCUAAUUCACUCAUGUUAAACUACCGGAUUAUUUUCUUAUAAAUUGGCAUAAACCUGACUUGAUUAAGGAAUUUUACUUUUAAAAUUAACUUGGUAACAGUGACGUAAGGUAUAUGUUCAUAGUCAAAUUAUGAAAAUUAUGUGUGCAAAAGGGCUUCAAGAAUAUAUCGUAUUCCGUUUUUGUACUGUUUAUCUCUUAUGUAAUAUGAUAAAAACCUUAAUUCUUUUAAAUUGCCUUUUAUCAUUAAACUAUUUCAUAAGAAAUUCUGUAUAGAGUUCCCCCCAAAAGAGAUUUAUUUGUGAAAUUUAAGAUUUCUUAUGUAUUUUAAAUUAAGUACCAUAAAUGUAAUUCAUUAAGUAUUUCUUUAUGAAGAGCCUGUGUUAGUCUAUAAAAUCUGUUUGAAAUAAGUAUUUAAGCAGCCUAAAUGGUUGUGUUGAAAUUAUUUUGUAAAUUCAUGACUUAAAGCAGUGUUACACAUAGUGAAACACACCUUAGUCCAGUGUUAAGAUUAGUAUUUGUGAUGGGUCGUGAAGAAAAGGAGAUGUUCCACUCUCAGUUGUUCAUAAGACAGCAAGUCAGUAAAACAAAUAAAUUCCAGUAUGUAUUCAGCAUAUGUAAUUGUUCUAAAUGGAACUGUAAUAAUUUUAGUGGAAACACAACCUGUUCUUACCUUUGAACAGUGGAUUUUACAGGAAUGAAUAGGUUUUUCAAUGUUUUAAUGCAAGAAAAUUAUAAAGUGGUAAUAUUCAGAAAUUCUGUCCAUAUAAUCCCAAAAAAAUGUUUACUUCAGCCUAACACAAGUACAUACAUACUGAAAUCUUGAGCUUUCCAAAUGAUUGCAUCUCCAUCGCGCAGUCACCCAAAAUUAGGGCCGACUAUCUGGAUACUUCCAGUGGCUAGAUAGGCUAAAUUAAAUCACCAGACCAGGUGCUUUUGUCUGAUUUCCAAAAUGCCAACUUUUAGGAAGUAUUCUCUUAUGAUUUUCUUUAAUGGUCUUUCAUAGCUUGUUAGAUAUCCAACCUGAACAGGGACUGUUCUUUGUUCUGCCCAUCGAAUUCCUUAGCUGCCCUUGCAGUUAGGUGUUACCAUGUGACUGAGUGUUGACCAGUGAGAUGCAAGGGGAACGUAGGAGUGACUUCUUGGAAGUCUCUUCAAAGGAAAGCAGCAUGUGUUCUCUAUCUUAUUCCUCCACCUUGCUGCUGCAAUUGUGGCUAUAACAGCAGCCUUGAGGACCAAGGCCACACCCAAGGAAAGCAUGUUAGAGACUAAAAAGAUUUUGACUGCUUCACCGCUUGGACUGCCUUGACCUGUAUUUAAGCCAUUGUAACUUUGGGUUUCUUUAUGUGAAGUCAAAAUCAAUCCAUUCUGGCCUUCAGUUUUUUGUUAUGAUACCGUUUAGCACUGUUUGAAUGAAGUAGACUGCAAUAAUUGUUACCUUUAAAAGUUGUGGCUCAACAGGGUCGCCGGUUCGAUUCCCGGCCCGAGCUAAGCUGUUGGUGAGCUGCCAACAGGUGGCAGGAUGGCUCAGCUAAAAAAAAAGAAAAAAACAGUUUUUAAAAAAUAUUCUGCACACAUUACAAUUGACUUUUCCAUUGUUAAUUAAUCAUACUCAUUUUCUUGCCUUGAUCUUUGAUUAGAUAUUUUGUAUCUGCUUAGAAAAUACUAUCUUCUUUAUAACUGUAUAAUAGGUAUUUGCUAAAACUCUGUAAUCUCCAACAUAUUGCUAUCAAAUUACAUGCCAUGUUUUUAUAUCAUUCUCAUAGAUCUGCCUUAUAAACAUCUAAAUAAAAAGUACUAUUUAAUGCGU